AUGUCUGCCCUGUUAUUCUUAAUUGUAUGCGUUUGCACUGUUCAUGCUGGAAUUGAUACCCCAAUUGAUACAACUUUAAUUGAAAACAGUAUAUACAAAUUAUUUUCAUUAUGGACUUUACCGUGUUCUGAAUGGAUGAAAGUUUUUACUUUGGAUGCUGUAUGGUAUCAUCCUAAUUUUCCUGCUGGUUUACAUUAUGAUCAAUUAAGAGAGUUUUGUACGAUAAAUCAAGAAACACGUCCUGCAUUAUUUCGACAAGACGGAGAAAUUCGGCUAACCGUGAGCGGUUCAUCCAGUAAUGGAUCAUUAUUAUAUCACGUAAUGGUUCCAUAUGUCUAUGGACAAAUUCAAGAUGGUAAUAAAAACUCUCUAUUUAUUAAUAGUGGAUUUGAAUACGUUGAAUUAAUUGAAAUUGAUGGAGGCAAAAGAUAUCUUAUCAACAUGGUCGUUGAGUUCUUUAACAGAGCUUCAAUACCAUUCACGUGGCCACGAAAGAAUUAG